AUACAUCACCACCUCGGCACAUUUCACAUCCCUCUUCCUCCAUAAAUACAUACACAUAUAUACACACGCCACACAUAGGGCAAGAGUGAUAUUAAUCAACAUAUAUCCACCCAUACAUACACAGAAACAUGCGAGAGACUAUAAGCAUUCUGAUGCUCCCAUGGCUAGCCCAUGGCCACAUCUCGCCAUUCCUUGAGCUCGCCAAGAGGCUCGCGGACCGAAACUUGCGCAUCCACAUAUGUUCUUCUCCCAUGAACCUCGAAUCCAUCAGGUCGAGAAUCCCUGAGAAGUACUCCUCGUCCAUUCGGCUCCUCGAGAUACACCUCCCGUCCCUUCCUGAGCUGCCUCCUCAGCGUCACACCACCAACGGACUCCCACUGCAUCUCAUGCCCGUUCUCAAGAGGGCGUUCGACAUGUCAGCCCCGAACUUCGCUGAAAUCCUGGUAAACCUGAAGCCCGACUUGCUGAUCUACGACUUCCUCAUGCCGUGGGCGCCCGAGUUGGCGAGGUCGCAUAACGUCCGGGCUGUCACCUUCUUGAGCGUGGGGGCAGGGAUGGCGUCUUUCGUGUUUCACCUUCUCAAGAAUCCUGGUGUUGAUUUCCCGUUUGAAGGCUUGUUCUCUGUGGAUGAUCAUGUCAGUCAAAUGUUCUGCCAGAUUUUGGAGAGCCCAUCAAGUGGGAUCACAGACAAGGACAGGGUUUUGCAAUGCAUCGAACGCUCAUCGGACAUACUUCUCAUGAAAACAUUUCGAGAACUUGAAGGAAAGUACAUCGAUUGUCUGUCUGAUCUGACGGGGAAGAGGGCGGUUCCGGUGGGCCCACUAGUACAUGACCCUCUGCUUCAGGCCGACCAGGCCGGCACACACAUCAUCGAAUGGCUGGACAAGAAGCCCAUAUCUUCCACAGUCUUCGUCUCCUUUGGAACCGAGUACUUCCUCACAGACCAAGAGAGGGAGGAGAUAGCCCACGGGCUUGAGCGGAGCAACGUCAACUUCAUAUGGGUGAUGAGGUUCCCAGGAGGGGAGAGGCAGGACCUCGAAGACGCGCUGCCCAAAGGGUUUCUGGAAAGGGUUGCAGGGAGAGGGUUGGUGGUGGAGAAAUGGGCCCCGCAGGUGAGGAUACUAGAGCACGAGAGCAUCGGCGGGUUCGUGAGCCACUGCGGUUGGAGCUCGGUGAUGGAGAGCAUGAAGUUCGGGGUCCCGAUCAUUGCGGUGCCAAUGCAACUGGACCAGCCAUUCAAUGCCAAGGUUGUGGAGAGAGUUGGGGUGGGGAUUGAAGUAAAGAGAAACCCUAGCAGUGGGAGGUUUGAGGGUGAAGAUAUCGGGAGAGUGAUAAGAGGGCUUGUGAAGGAGAGAGGAGGUGAAGGUGUGAGGAAGAGGGUGAAGGAGGUGAGUGAGAGUAUGAUAAGGAACAAGGGCAAAGAUGAAGAGAUUGAUGGAGUUGUGGAUGCAUUGGUCAAUCUGUGCGGGAAGUGAUUAAUUUAUAGGCCAGUAUAUAGUCUUUUUUUUUUUUUUGGUAAAACGACAACAAUAUAUUAAAUUAUCCGACAGUCUUUACAAGGCCGGGAAACGAAGUUCCCAUUCUGUCUCCAAAUAGAGCUAGACUAAGAAAAGAAGGAACAUCAUCAAAAGAGAUAAAAUCCUCAUAUUGUCUUCC